AUGUUCCAAUAUAAGGAAGUACUUUGUCAGCUGUUUCAGUCCAUUUGGUUUAAUGCAUCUGUUCUGUCGGCUUGUUUGCAGGUAUUAGUUCCGCUGUUAAAUAAAUAUAUCAUGAGCACUACGGUGCAAAGAACCCCAAGAUCCGGUAGGCAGUCUUUAUUUUUCCAGGAUUUAGCUUCACCUGUUUCUGCCCGUAGAGGAAAAUUUUCAAGCCCCGGUCAAGCAGCUGCAGUAUCUGCACUAUGGCGUGAGAACUUUGGUAGUUCGGACCUUCCACCACCUCCUGUUUUCACCUUGGAGGACAGAUCAGACUUUUCUCCUGAAUCAGGCAUACUAGAUUAUCAAGUCUCCCCUGAUACUAGGUCAGACACUAGAACUCCCAUCCAAACUUCUAAUAGGGAAUUUUCAACUCCUGUGAAAAGCAAAUCUGAGGCUAGCACAUCUUAUGCUUUGAGAGGGGUACAACAAAACCAACAGAGCUCGCCAGGUUUGAGUUGGUGGUCACCUGCAACUGCAAAGAGUGGUGGGGAACAAGAUGAGAAAGGAAGGAGUUCACCAGUUGAGGGUGUGGUUCAGCCUGGUGCUUUGAUAACUCUUCCUCCACCACUGGAAGUGGCAAGGCCUGAGGUUCAAAGGAAUUCUUUGCCAGCUGGGAAUCUCAAUGAGGAAGAAUGGGUAACUGUAUAUGGGUUUUCACCAGGUGAUACUAACAUGGUUUUAAGGGAGUUUGAGAAAUGUGGUGAAAUUUUGAAACAUGUUCCUGGCCCUAGAGAUGCCAACUGGAUGCACAUUUUGUAUCAGAAUCGAUCUGAUGCACAUAAAGCUCUUAAUAAGAAUGGAAUGCAAAUUAAUGGAGUACUAAUUGUUGGUGUGAAACUGUUGGAUCCCAUGCAACGUCAAGCUUUAAAUGAAAGGCUUAACAAUCAAGGAUUUAUGCCCUUACCUCUACCAUCCGCUAGAAACUCAGACGUGAGCACUUUGAAAGCUCCUGCUCGACCUUACUAUCCGCAGAAUGGCAACUCCACUGCACGGCAGACUGGGGGAACCAUUGCUUCCCCAACAAAAUCAUUGGUGUCCAAAAUCAUGGACUUGAUGUUUGGAGUCUAA